CACACACAAUCGAUACAAGCUAUACUCGGUUCGCUACCAUUUAUAUGUCCUUACUGCUCUAGAAAAUAUAACAACAUGCACAAGGAUUCCGUACAAACAAGCAGUAACCAUAUAGAAGCUCAAAUGGCAACAUCAUGCCGAUAUUACAGUGAUCUCUUAUCGAAAAAAAUUAUACGAUUUAAACAGAAUGUUAAAAGACGUCUAGGAAAUGAGCCAAUACACGAUAACACGUUCUCUCCCACAUCAAAUAUAUACGUUGAAGCGUGUACAAUGAAACCGAGUGGAAGGCAAGAUGAAAACUUGCAAGUGAAAAUCAAACAACGCGAAAUCUUCAACCAAAACUGCAUAUUAACCCCUACGAUUAGCGCUGUGGAUAUUAGGAGGAAUGAAAGUCAUGACCUGAAAACUCUCUACUAUAUGCUAACUGCCAUUGAAGGCAGGAUGCGUAGGUUGAAACAGAAUUUGUGA